UCAAUCACCCAUUUACGCAGGUUCAUUUGCUGAUGAAUUCUUCAAACCCUAUCUUCACACACCCAACUUUAACUUAUUUAUCAAAAUGCAAGACAUUUUACUCUCUCAAGCAAGUCCAUGCCCACAUGAUAACGACUGGCCUCACUCUCCACACUUACCCUCUCAGCAAACUCCUCUACGUAUCGUCCACUCUAGCCUUGUUCCAUGCCCUCGCUAUAUUUAAGCAAAUCCCGAACCCAACAAUUUUCCUCUUCAACACUCUCAUUUCAUCAAUUAUAACCAACCAAAGAAGUCACACCCACCUGGCCUUUUCCCUCUAUGAAAGAAUUCUUUGUAACGAAACAGUUAAACCCAAUUCCCACACUUACCCAUCUCUCUUCAAGGCUUGUGGCUCUCACCCUUGGCUGCACCAUGGUCUAGCCCUCCAUGCCCAUGUCUUAAAAUUCCUUGAACCCACAUAUGAUAAUUUUGUUCACGCCUCAUUACUUAAUUUCUAUGCCAAUUAUGGUAAAUUGGGUGUGGCUAGAUAUAUGUUUGAUCAGAUUAGCAAACCAGAUUUAGCCACGUGGAACUCCAUUUUAUCUGCAUAUGCACGUAGAAAUAGUCCUAGUUAUUAUGUUAGUAAUAAUAGUAAUAUAACCGGUGAGGACUCUAGUUUAUCAAUAGAGGCAUUAUAUUUAUUCAAUGAGAUGCAACAUUCUUUAGUUAAGCCAAAUGAAGUUACCCUAGCAGCUUUAAUCAGUGCUUGUGCAAAUUUAGGUGCUCUUACCCAAGGUAUAUGGGCACAUGUUUAUGUAUUAAAGUACAGUAUCAAGUUGAAUUACUAUGUGGGUACCGCUUUAAUAGACAUGUACUCAAAGUGUGGGUGUUUGGGCUUGGCAUAUCAGCUGUUUGAUCAAUUGCCUGAAAGGGACAUAUUAUGUUACAAUGCAAUGAUUGGAGGGUUUGGUAUUCAUGGUUAUGGUCACAGGGCACUUGAACUUUAUGAGAAAAUGAAGUUACAAGGGUUAGCUCCUGAUGAUGUGACAUUUAUCGUUAUAAUGUGUGCUUGCUCACAUGUUGGGUUGGUAGAAGACGGUUGCAAGAUUUUUGAUUCUAUAAAGGAGGUUUAUGGAAAGGAGCCAAGACUUGAGCAUUAUGGCUGCUUGGUUGACCUUUUAGGUAGAGCUGGCAGGGUUCAGGAGGCUGAGGAAAAGCUCAGGGAAAUGCCCAUGAAACCAAAUGCAAUUUUAUGGAGGUCUUUACUUGGGGCAGCACGGGUUCAUGGGAAUUUGGAGCUUGGGGAAGUUGCAUUGAAGCAGUUAAUAGAGUUGGAGCCGGGAACUAGUGGGAACUAUGUGCUUUUAUCAAAUAUGUAUGCCAGCAUUGAUAGAUGGGAAGAUGUUAAGAGAAUGAGGAAAUUAAUGAAAGAUCAUCGGAUUAACAAAAUACCGGGAAGUAGUUUGGUUGAGGUUAACGGUGCACAUGAAUUCCUCAUUGGAGACAAGACACAUCCAUGUACAUCAGAGAUCUAUUCGAAGCUCGAAGAAGUUGGCAGAAGGCUACAGCAAUAUGGCCAUAAUCCAAGAACCAAAGAAGUGUUGUUUGACAUAGAUGAGGAGGAAAAAGAAGAUGCCCUUACUUAUCAUAGUGAAAGGUUAGCGAUUGCAUUUGCUCUGAUUGCUUCUGAUUCAACUGCCCCUAUCCGGAUCAUUAAAACUCUUCGGGUUUGUAGUGAUUGCCAUGAAAGUGCUAAGCUUAUUUCAGUAAUAUAUGGAAGAGAGAUUGUAAUAAGAGACCGAAACCGGUUUCAUCAUUUUAAAGAGGGAACUUGUUCUUGUUUGGAUUAUUGGUGACAAUCUAAUUAAUUCUCUGAUUAUAAUUGGUCAU